CUAAAAUUAAUUCGGAUCCCGAUCUCUCUACCUCUGUCUAUAACCCUUUCGUCAUUAUUAUAAACUCCGUCGCUUGUAAUUUAGAUUCAUCGAAAAUGUCCAGUGCGUUGGACAUGUCUCUCGACGACCUCAUCAAGAACAACAAGAAAUUAGGAGGGGGAAAUUUCAGAGGCAGAGGUAGAGGUUCAGGUCCUGGGCCGGCUCGGCGGUUUCCUAAUCGCGGAGCGAAUCGAACGACUCCCUAUUCGAUGGGAAAGCCUGGUCAAGCCCCGGAUUCAGCGUGGCAGCACGAUAUGUUUACAGGUCAGAUGGCAGCCUACCCAGCACAGGCAGGUCGAGCUUCUGCAAUAGAGACCGGGACCAAGCUCUACAUUUCUAACUUAGAUUAUGGCGUCUCGAUCGAGGAUAUCAAAGAACUCUUUUCAGAGGUUGGUGACCUGAAACGAUAUACAAUCCAUUAUGACAGAAGCGGGAGAUCAAAGGGAACUGCAGAAGUAGUUUUCUCACGGAGGACAGAUGCUUUAGCUGCUGUGAAGAGAUAUAACAAUGUUCAGCUGGAUGGCAAGCCAAUGAAGAUUGAGAUUGUGGGAACAAAUGUUGUCCCUCCUGCUGCUGCGCCUCCUGUACCCAAUGGCAUGUUUGGGAAUCCUAAUGGUAUCCUGAGAAGUGGACAAGGAAGGGGUGGUACAACAGGUCUGCUGCGUCGUGGUGGUGGCCGUGGAUUUGGGAGGGGCCGUGUACGGGGAAGAGGUCAUGAACAGGUAUCUGCACAAGAUCUUGAUGCUGAUUUGGAGAAGUAUCAUUCGGAAGCAAUGCAGAUAAACUGAGAUCCCCCAUACAUUCAGUGCAGAAGUUUUCUACUAUGGCAUUUCCAUGCUAGAUGAUUAUGCAGCAUCUCGAAGUAUGUGUAUUUUAAUCAAUGUCCUUGUAUUUUGAGAGGAGUGACAAAUACAUGUUAAAAAGUGUCUGGUUUAUGGAGCUUGAGCUUUUGUCUUUUGUUGCCCGUUUGAUUUGACAUAGUACCUGGGU